AUGACGGCUCCCACGCACGUCAAGGUCCUCGUUCUUACUCAAACAGGACCCGAUUAUCUAGAAUACAUCAAGACUGUGGACACGCCUAACAGACCGCCAAUCCCGCCCACUGAUCUGGACCCUAAACUUCGAGCACUUCUCGAAUCCCAGAUGCCGACAGUCACCUCUCAUCUCUAUCACGGUACCAAGCACGCCGAUUACUCAGACGUUGGUCCUCUACCCGACACUCGCCUACAUCACUGGAGCGAGAAUGCCUGGGCGAAACGUACUAUGAUAUGUCUAUCCAAUUAUCACGUCUUCUGUACCCUUCAAAAAGGAGAAACUUUGCUCCCCAACCCAUGGUCGGGGAACAUAUUCUCGGGCGACAUGUUUAUUCUGAAGUUGUCCAAUACUGAGGGUCCAGAUGGGCGACGGUUCUACGAGGACAUCGAUCCUGGUACUACAUUUGGGGAGAUUUUGCUAGUCGAUGCCAAGGUAGCGACUGUUUUCGUGGAAGCAGUGAUGCCAGGGGCUGAGUGGCUUUGA